UCAGGGUUUCCCCUACCCGCGGCCCCGGCCGCCGCCAGCAGCAGCAGCAGCAGCGGCAGCGCCCCGGCACCCGCCAUCGUCAGCCGCGCGCACCCCUCCGGCCCCGCCCCCGCGGGGAGCGGCCAAUCAACGCCGGCAGCGCCUGCACGCUCACCAAUCAGAACGCGGUGGGCGGACACCUGCGCCCCCGCUGACCAAUGAGGAGCGAGCGCACCGCACAGCCCGCGCGAGACGUGGCUCUCAGUGGAGGCGGGGGCGGGGCCAAGGGGGAUCAGAGGCGUGGCUAAAACGGGUCGGGGGUGUGGCCAAGGGGAAGCGCAUGCGCAAUGAUGUGCACACCCGGUUAAAAUGGCGGCCGCCCCGCCUAUGGGGCGAAAAGGCGGAGUCACGACCACGCCCUGCGCAUGCGCACUCUCAAUGUUGCCAUAGCGACGGAUGAGGGGCGGUGGCCGCCGCUCUUCCCGCCCGUUAUCAAUUGGGUUUUUUUAAUAUCGCCCUCGAAGGGAAGCGCGGAUGGGGAAAGGGCUCCGCGCUCGGUGUCGCCGUUCCGGGACAAAACGGCGUGGGCGGCGCCGCCUCUCUCCCCUCCCGCCGAGAGGCCUCAGGCCAGCGCCACUCCCAGGCACAAAAUGGCCGCCGCGGCGUGAGGGCGUGGGACUGGGCGGGGCGGGAACUCUCGCGAGAGUUCGCGCUUAUCGCCCUAUCUCCUCGCGUGGGCGGCGCCGAGAUCUCGCGAGAGCUCGUGCGGGCGGCGGGGGCAUCAUGGCGGCGGCGUUGACGGCGGCGCGGCGGAGGGUGAUGCGGGCCGCGCUGCGGCCGCGCGCGGUGAGUGACCGGUCAGAGCCGAGCCCGCCGCCCGCCGGGCCCCGCUCCCGCCGCUCCCCGCCCGUUCCCGCCGCUUCCCGCCGCACCGGCGGCUUCUGGGUGGGUGGGAGGGGCAGCGCUCUGCGCCCCCCCGCCAAGUACGGCGGGCGGCACACGGUGACGCUGAUCCCGGGCGACGGCAUCGGGCCCGAGCUGAUGCUGCACGUGAAGGAGGUGUUCCGGUGCGUGCCCCUCCCCCAUGAAAAACCCCAAAAUCCCUCAGAGUCCCCCCCAGUCCCCGAGCCCCGCUCUGAGCCCGUUCUCCCCUCAGGGAACAUCGAGACCAACCACAACCUCCCCCCCAACCACAAAUCCCGCAACAACCUCAUCAGGACCAGCCUGGAUCUCUAUGCCAACGUGAUUCACUGCCAGAGCCUGCCCGGGGUGGAGACGCGGCACCGGGACAUCGACAUCCUCAUCGUCAGGGAGAACACCGAGGGGGAGUACAGCUCCCUGGAGCACGAGGUGCGCCCCAAAACCCCCCAAAAACACCCCAAAACACCCCAAAAAUACCCCCCAAAACCUCCCUCUCACCCCCCGUGCCCCACAGGAAAUCAGGGGACGGGCUGUUCCUGCAGUGCUCAGUGGGAUCCCAGGGAUUUCUGGGAUUUUUUUGGGGGAGUUCUCCUGUAUUUUUGGGGUCUCACCCCCCGUGCCCCACAGGAAAUCAGGGGAUGGGCUGUUCCUGCAGUGCUCAGUGGGAUCCCAGGGUUCUGUGGGAUUUUUUGGGGGGUUCUCCUGUAUUUUUGGGGUCUCACCCCCCGUGCCCCACAGGAAAUUGGGGGACGGGCUGUUCCUGCAGUGCUCAGUGGGAUCCCCAGGGUACCCCAGAUUUUUUGGGGGGGUUCCCAGGGUUCUGUGGGAUUUUUUGGGGGGUUCUCCUGUAUUUUUGGGGUCUCACCCCCCGUGCCCCACAGGAAAUUGGGGGACGGGCUGUUCCUGCAGUGCUGCCAGGAAGUGGCAGCCGAGUACCCCGAGAUCCAAUUCCGCAGCAUGAUCGUGGACAACACCACCAUGCAGGUGUGCCCCCCCAGGAACCCCCAAAACCCCCCAAAACCCCCCAAUUCUAGGUUCCCAUGGGAGGGGCUGCUGAGGGGGCGGGGCCUCAGUGUUCACCUGGAGGGGGCGGAGCUUCGCCUCUGGGGUUGGGUGUGGCUCACUGAUGUGGGCGUGGCCCGUGCUUGCCCCGCCCCCAGGCUGCACAACCACGCCUCCACCAUCCGCAAAGCCGUGCUGGCCUCGCUGGACGACCCCCGGACGCACACACCGGACAUCGGGGGCCAGGGCACGACGUCGGGCGCGGUGCAGAGCAUCAUCGGGCACCUGCCGCGGGGCUGAGCCCCCGCACGGGCACCGGGACCCCCGGGGACCCCCUGGAACCACCCGGGACCCCCCUGGGACCCCCCAAAACAGCCCCAGACACCCCCAGAACAGCCCUGGGACCCCCUGGAACAGCCCCAGACACCCCCAGAACAGCCUCGGGACCCCAAAAUGGCCCCAGGACCCCCCCCAAAACAGUCCCCUUCUGGAAUAGCCCUGGGACCCCAAAAUGGCUCCAGGACCCCAAAACAGCCCUGGGACCCCCCUGGAACAGCCCCAGGACCCCUGGAACCCCCCCAGAAUAGCCCAAGACCCCCCCGGAACAACUCUGGGACUCUCCUGGAACGGCCCUGGGACCCCAAAACGGCCCCAGGACCCCCCAGAAUGGCCCCACGAGCACCCCCCUGACACCUCCGCGACCCCAAAGCACCCCUGGGACCCCAAAAGCACCUCCAGGACCCCAAAACAGCCCUGGGACCCUCCAGGAGCACCCACCUGACACCACCAGGACCCCAAACACCCCCAGGACCACACACCUGACACCACCAGGACCCCAAAACAUUCCUGAGACCCCCCCAGAACACCCCCAAGACACCCCUGGGAGCCCAAAAGCACCUCCAGGACCCCAAAAUGGCCCCGGGACCCCCCAGAACACCCCCAGGACCACACAACACCACUGGGACCCCCCCAAAACACUCCUGGGACCCCCCAGAACCCCCCCAGGACCCCAAAGCACCCCCAGGACCUUUAGGACCACGAUGCACCCCACGGGACCCCAACACGCCUGAGAGCCACCAGGAGCACCCCAAACCCCUGUAGGACCAACCAGAGCACCCCAAAGUCCCCACGGGACCACCAGGAGCACCCCAAACCCCCCACGGGACCCCCAUAAACACCCCAGGAGCCCCCAAAUCCCCCACAGGACCACCAGG